AAAGUCUCAUAGUGAGUUAUUGGUGAGGAAACCAGGGGCUCUGCAGCAGACUGGAUCUGUCUAUUUUAAAGGUUUUGUUUAUAUUCGAGGCUGUCUUAGGCUGUAUCAACGCUGCACUCUUUUAUAUUGGAACUAUACUACCCUCCAGGGAGGGAGGGCGCUGUGCAGAGAUGGCACUAGUGUGCCUCACAGACUUUGAGGAGUAUGCCAAGGAGCACCUGUCCAAGGCCACCUGGGACUACUACGCUGCCGGGGCGGACGAGUGCUGCACCCGCGACGACAACCUGUUGGCCUACAAACGGAUCCGUCUCAGGCCCCGCAUCCUGAGAGACGUAUCGGUGAGUGACACCCGGACCACGGUGCAAGGCACCGAGAUCAGCUUCCCGGUGGGAAUAGCACCGACAGCCUUCCACUGCCUGGCUUGGCACGAGGGCGAGGUCGCCACAGCCAGAGCCACGGAGGCGGUCAACACCUGCUACAUCACCAGCACCUACUCCACCUGCUCCGUGGAGGAGAUAGUCGCCGCGGCGCCCAAUGGCUUCCGCUGGUUCCAGCUGUACGUGUACCGCGACCGCAAGCUGUCGGAGCAGAUCGUCGCGCGUGUUGAGGCGCUCGGCUACAAGGCGCUGGUGCUGACCGUCGAUGUACCUUACACCGGCAAGCGGCGCAACGACAUACGCAACCAGUUCAAACUGCCGCCGCACCUCAAGGUCAAAAACCUAGACGGGAUGUUCCAGGUCACGGAGUUUACGGAUUCCGAGGAGUAUGGGAUCCCAGCCAACACCCUGGACCCAUCCAUUAGCUGGAAGGACAUCUACUGGCUCCAGUCCCUCACCCGCCUGCCAAUCAUCAUCAAGGGCAUCCUGACCAAGGAGGAUGCCGAGCUGGCCGUGGAGCACGGCGUCCAGGGGAUCAUAGUGUCCAAUCACGGGGGGAGGCAGCUGGACGGCGGCCCAGCCACGAUCGAUGUGCUGUCUGAGAUUGUGGAAACGGUGCAGGGGAGGAUCGAGGUCUACCUGGACGGCGGGAUCAGGACAGGAAGUGAUGUGUUGAAGGCCCUGGCCUUGGGAGCCAAGUGUGUGUUCAUUGGCAGACCAGCCGUGUGGGGGCUUGCCUACAAGGGAGAGGAAGGAGUUAGAGAGGUCCUGCAGAUACUCAAUGAUGAGUUUCGCUUGUCAAUGGCUCUGUCUGGAUGCAGGAAUGUUGCGGAGAUUAACCGGAACCUGAUUCAGUUCGCAAAGCUCUGACCACCAGGGGUCGACAGUGAGGCCGACUCACACUGCACCACAUCAGAACCAAUAUGUAUUUAAAAACAACCACAACACAUUAGACAUGUGUUUAACAUGAAACAUGAAAAUUAAGAAUCAUCGAUGAUCAGAUCAUGGUUAUUAAUUUGAGGCUUUUGAAUUGCGGUUGUGGUUAGGUGAAGAGAUUUGAUUAAAUAUUGAUUAAAUACGUUUGGGAAUAUAGUUUAACAUGAUUACAUUUCGGCAUUAGGUCAAGCAGGGUACAUUACUGCUAGGAUGCAAAUCAUUUCCAUUUAACUGAGGUGGCUGGAGAAAGUGCACACAAUUGCAGAAGGCGCUUUUUUCAUAUGGACAUACUGAGGAUGGAGGAUGGUGGACAAACUCAAGGAGGGGUGGGAGUGUUUUGGAGAGCAUUUGUGGAAAAACAAUAAAGUAUUUUGCAUUGUGAAAAA